GACGUCGCAGCAUCCUCGGAUCUUUUCCUGUACACCCGCGCAGUUCCGCAGUCAUGGCUGGAAUUAAGAUCGCACCGCUCAGACCCUGGGACGAUUUUUACCCAGGGACCGAUCGAUUUGCAAAACCAGACUUUGGUGAUUUAACAAAAUGGAACAACAGAGUCGUGAGCAACUUACUUUACUAUCAAACCAAUUACUUGGCACUGGCUAUCGUUGUUUUUUUGAUCGUGGGGUUUUUAAACCCCCUGGCAAUGAUCCUCGGAGGAGCCGUGGUGACCCUGGUGUUUAUGGGCUCUGUCUGGGCUGGAGAAAACAAGGCUGUGAUCAAGAACUUUAAGAAACAAAACCCCAUGGUGUUUGUGAUUGCUGUUAUGGGAGCAAGUUACUUCCUUGUCUCACUUUUCGGGGGGGUGAUGGUCUUCAUAUUCGGUAUUACAUUUCCAAUACUCUUGAUAUUUAUCCAUGCCUCGCUGAGACUUCGGAAUCUGAAGAAUAAAAUGGAGAACAAUAUGGAAGGAGUAGGGCUGAAGAAGUCACCUAUGGGGGUCAUUCUCGAGGCUCUUGGGCAGCAAGAAGAAAGUAUUAACAAAAUUGCAGAUUUCAUUGCUAGCAAAGUCAAAGAGUAAUUGAAAACCUGCCCAGUAUAAGCAACAUAAAUCCCUCUGUGGUGCCCUAACUAUUUAAUUUUGUAAUACUGAAACGCAAUACAAAAUUGCAUAUUGCUUUUCUGACAGAUCUUGAAGAACAUUGGUUUUGAAGGCCACAUUUGAAUUCCAUUGCUUACUACACAGUGUCCAUUAUUCCAUCUUUUGGUGUUUGCUGUAGUUUACCUGGUCUUGUCAAGUGCUAUAUUUCUCUUGGUAAUAAGUAGUUUGUUAUAGCAGACUGCCUAGAAUACCAUAACAAUAUUUCUAACAGUAUAUUUGAAAUAAAAGUUCUGCAUCCUCAGACUGGAUGUUGUUUUCUACAUACAGUGUGGUUGCAUUUAUAUUGCUGUAAAUUAUUGUAUACCAAGAAAGGGACAAAAUAUGAAGGCAACAUCAAUGUAAACUACAGAAACUAUACAAUUGCAUGUCUGGAUAUUAGAAAAAGGGUUUCGACUCAAAAGUAAAAUGAAUUUGGCUGGAAUUCCAGUAUGUAUAUAGAAUAUGUAGGCAUUUUCAGCACAACCAUGCUAUAUUAAUUGUUACGGGCAUAGGAAUGACAUGUUUGUAGACUAGUAAAAGCACAUUAGCUUGCAGUGCUGCCUCUAUCCCUGUAUUUCUUCUAGCAAUCUGUCAGGUACAUUUACAAUUAUAUACGUGUUAAAUAUAGACGUGUGGAUUAAGCCUGAACCAUUGCGUUGGCAGCAGUUGUGUAGAGUUCUACAUUGUAAGAUGGUUCGGAUUGGCACAGCAAUAUAGUCAACAACAUUCCAGAUUAUUAUCAAGAUGGCUUUUCUAUUCCAAAGUAGAUUGCUGUGUAAUACGGUAUAUCGUUUUUGCUGUGGAUUUUGUUUGUGGAAACAGCUUAAUAAAAACCUUAAAAUACGUCUGACGUUAUACUUUAAGAGUUAAUUGCAAGCUUUUCACUCCCUAUUUUCAAAUUAAGUUACUCGCAUUACACACAGUGUACCUUUUUUAAAAUAUUUCUGCCAUCCAGAGUAAUGUAAUUUAAAAAAAUGAUUGUAUACCUCGCAUUUUUUUAUACGUUGAUUUUUUUUUUUUUUUUUAAUGCAUGCAUGCUGAACUGUUUGUGCAGUAUCUGCAUUCUGACAUUUUUCUAUUCCAUUGAGUCCCAAUCAGUAGGUGCUCUGUUUGCAGCAAAUGUGGACAACAACAACCUUGCUAUGCUGCAAAGGUACAUGUUUCCAGUUUUUGGAGGCCUAUCUGGUUCAGAUCACAAGACAAGUACAAGGUUGCUUCCAUGACCAGUAACUUGCAUCACAAAACAUCAAUAAUAAUAUAGUGGCCACAUGUUUUGGCUAUCCGCUUUGUUUGGUCCCAUAAUUACAGGCAGUGUUCUAACCUUCCUACAGUAUGAGAGGUAACUGCCGUACUGACAAGAGCAGCCUCUUAUGCAAACUAUUCAGCUGUAAUUUGAACUGCAAUGAGGAUGUGAGAAGUUGUUGGGUUUUUUUUGGUUUUGAGUUCUGGUUUCUAAUCCAGUUUAUUCUAGUACAAAAAAGUUUUUUGUAUGCAAUGUACCUUCCAUAAAUAUUUGUCUCUUGCAAGUGCAAUGCAUUGGAAAAGUUCAAUAAAAGAAUGAAGAAUA